GCGGGGCCUGGGGGCCCGAGGGCCGGGGGCCCAAAGGGAGGGCAGGGCGGCCCGAGCCGCCGGGGCGCUAUGAUGGUGCACUGUGCCGGCUGCGAGCGGCCCAUCCUCGACCGCUUUCUGCUGAACGUGCUGGACCGCGCGUGGCACAUCAAAUGCGUUCAGUGCUGCGAGUGUAAGACCAACCUCUCGGAGAAGUGCUUCUCGCGCGAGGGCAAGCUCUACUGCAAAAACGACUUCUUCAGGCGUUUCGGCACUAAGUGUGCCGGCUGUGCGCAAGGCAUCUCGCCCAGCGACCUGGUGCGCAAGGCCCGCAGUAAAGUCUUCCACCUCAACUGCUUCACCUGCAUGGUGUGCAACAAGCAGCUGUCCACGGGCGAGGAGCUCUACGUCAUCGACGAAAACAAGUUUGUGUGCAAGGAUGACUACCUGAGCUCCUCCAGCCUCAAGGAGGGCAGCCUCAACUCAGUGUCAUCCUGUACGGACCGCAGUUUGUCCCCGGACCUCCAGGACCCGCUCCAGGACGACCCCAAGGAGACAGACAACUCGACGUCGUCGGACAAGGAGACGGCCAACAACGAGAACGAGGAGCAGAACUCGGGCACGAAAAGGCGCGGCCCGCGCACCACCAUCAAAGCCAAGCAGCUGGAGACGCUCAAGGCCGCCUUUGCCGCCACUCCCAAGCCCACGCGCCACAUCCGUGAACAGUUGGCACAGGAGACCGGCCUCAACAUGCGCGUUAUCCAGGUGUGGUUCCAGAACCGAAGGUCCAAAGAACGCAGGAUGAAACAGCUGAGCGCACUGGGCGCCCGGAGACACGCCUUCUUCCGGAGUCCGCGGCGCAUGCGUCCGCUGGGCGGCCGCUUGGACGAGUCUGAGAUGUUGGGGUCCACUCCGUACACCUACUACGGAGACUACCAAGGCGACUACUACGCGCCCGGAGGCAACUACGACUUCUUCGCCCACGGCCCGCCGUCGCAGGCGCAGUCCCCGGCCGACUCGAGCUUCCUGGCCGCGUCGGGGCCCGGCUCCACGCCGCUGGGCGCCCUGGAGCCGCCGCUGGCCGGCCCGCACGCCGCCGACAACCCCCGCUUCACCGACAUGAUCUCGCACCCGGACACGCCCAGCCCCGAGCCCGGCCUGCCCGGCGCGCUGCACCCCCUGCCCGGCGAGGUGUUCGGCGGCGGGCCCAGCCCGCCCUUCCCCAUGAGCGGCGCGGGCGGCUACAGCGGACCCCUGGCGCACCCCAACCCCGAGCUCAACGAGGCCGCCGUGUGGUAA